ACAAACGAAAUAAUGAAUUAAUUGUAUCACAAUGAAUGAAUGCUCCGUGCAUACAAUGAAUUGAUUGUAUCACAAUAAAUUCAUUGUCGUACAAUGAAUUCAUUGUAUCAUGGGGUCAAUGCGUUUAGGCAUGUUUGGAAAUUUUGUAGACAAAACUGGCAAACGGCGUAAGCUCUUACGCCGUUUGCUACCUGUUGCCACAGAACAUACCCCCAUAGGGGAUCACAGACUAAGGGGAUAUUUUGUGGCUGUUGCCCUAUUGGGCUAGAUGGUGCAUAGAUAAAGACAAGUUGGUGCCUUUUUUUCCUGGGUCCCAGAUCUUCAGGUGUAUAAUUUACCAGAUUUCGUAGCUCUUCGUUGGAGUGCCUUCCAGCUUUCUCGAAGUCUUCAGCCGCUUUCCUUGUGAGAAACUUAGUGGCUCCCACUCCAGGUCCCUGUAGAACAUUGUAUCAUGAUUUGCCUGGUUGUUGUUAGUAACGAAUUUCAGUUGUUUAAUUGUCAAAAUAAACGUGCUCCGCCGCUAACAAGAACACUAACAACGCCGCUAACAAGAAAUUACCCGACAUUUCAAACUAACUUAAACGAAAAAUGGCUCUUCACGUUCCAAAAGUGCCGGGCUUCGCCCAGAUGAUGAAAGAUGGGACCCGGUACUUUUCCGGCUUGGAAGAAGCAGUUGUUCGUAACAUUAAGGCUUGCAAAGAGUUUGCCCAAUCGGUUCGGUCAGCCUAUGGACCCAAUGGGAUGAAUAAAAUGGUUAUUAAUCAUAUCGAAAAGCAGUUUGUGACUAGUGAUGCGGCAACGAUUAUUCGGGAACUGGAUGUUGAGCACCCAGCUGCUAGACUGAUGAUUUUAGCUAGUCAAAUGCAGGACUCGGAAGUUGGAGAUGGGACCAAUUUUGUCAUUAUUUUGGCAGGCGCUUUACUAGAUGCUUCAGAAGAACUGAUUCGUCUAGGUGUAACUCCGACUGAAAUAGCGGAAGGUUUCGAGAAAGGUCUUGAAAGAGCUUUGGAAAUAUUGAAAUCUUUGGUUUGCUACACUGUUAAAGACAACCGCGAUGUAAAAGAAGUGACGCAAGCUAUUAAGACUUCGAUCGAAUCGAAACAGUAUGGAAAUGAGGAUUUUCUCGCCGACUUAGUCGCUAGAGCGUGCAUCUCAAUAUUGCCUGAGCAAACCAGCUUUAACGUGGAUAAUAUGCGAGUUUGCAAGAUUUUGGGAUCUGGACUUUUAAGUUCUCAGGUCGUGCAAGGGAUGGUUAUUAAGGGGCACGUUGAGGGCGAAAUCACGCAAGCUGAAGAUGCCAAGAUAGCAAUUUACAGUUGCCCAGUUGAUAUCCUGCAAACUGAAACUAAAGGUACGGUGUUGAUCAAAACUGCGGAUGAAUUGAUGAACUUCAGCCGGGGCGAGGAGAAUCUGUUGGAGUUGCAAAUUAAGUCAAUUGCCGAUGCGGGAACCAAAGUCAUUGUGGCUGGCGACAAAUUUGGCGAUAUGGCUCUGCACUACGUACACAAAUACAACAUGAUGGCCGUCAAGUUCAAUUCGCAAUGCGAUUUGAGACAGUUGAGCAAAACUGUAAAUGGCACUGUGCUGCCCAAACUGUCCACCCCAUCCCCUCAGGAAUUGGGCUAUUGCGAUUUGGUCUGCGUAGAAGAAUUGGGAGACACCCCGAUUGUGGCAUUCAGACAAAAGGGAAAAGAGUCUAGAAUAUCAACCAUACUGAUUAGAGGAGCCAGUGAUAAUUACAUGGACGAUAUCGAGCGAGCAAUCGAUGAUGGAGUCAAUACGUUCAAGGGGCUUUCAAGAGAUCCACGAUUUGUUCCUGGUGCAGGCGCCACCGAAGCCGAACUGGCUGUUCGACUUCUCGAGUUUGCAGACACGCUUCCUGGUUUGGAGCAGUAUGCCAUUCGAAAGUUCGCCACUGCUUUGGAGGCUUUCCCCAAGGCUUUGGCUGAUAAUAGCGGCUUGAGGUCUCAAGUGAUUCUGGAGAAAAUCCUUGACGCUCACCUGAAUGGACAGAAAAAUGUCGGUGUUGACAUCACAGCGGAAAAUUCGCUGGUAGAUGUGGUAGAAAAGCAAAUUUUCGAUCUCUACCAAGCGAAAUUCUGGGGUCUUAAGUAUGCAGUGGAUGCAGCCUCUACCAUUCUGCGGGUGGACCAAAUCAUCAUGGCUAAGCGGGCAGGAGGGCCGAAAGCGCGCGGGCCCCAAGGCAGCGAUGAUGAAUCUUAGUUUCGCCUUUCUAUUUAGAUUGGAAUUGCUGCAUUUUUUUUUUCAAGCAGCAGGUCCAAUGUAAUUUUACACGUUAAUUCUUUUAAUUCAUUAACUCGCUAGGACUUGAUUAACCUAUUUCUAAUUAAACAGCUUUGAAAAUACAA